CCCUGUGCUCUCAAAGUUGGUGCUGGGGUUAUACAGGCUCUAUUUAUGCCUUUUCCCUUUCUGCUGGACGACAGGAGGGGACUUCCAGUGCAGCCAGACCCCUGUGCCAGGUCGCCCAAGCAUGGCCACCCAGAUGUUUGAGGGGAGACGGCACGCGGCUGUCUACCAGCAAUACAGGUUUGCGCCAGGCAAAGAGCUGCAGCAAACCAUCCUUGCCUACCUGCAGGAAAAGAGGGCAAACCCUGCUGAGCUGGUGGUGGACGUCGGCUGCGGGUCCGGACAAGGCACCCGCUUCCUUGCGGAGCACUUCAAGAAGGUGGUGGGAACGGACAUCAGCGAAGCACAGAUCCAAGAGGCCAGGAAUGCCCCCUCCAUGCCCAACAUCUCCUACCUUGUGUGCCCUGCGGAGGAGCUGCCGUUUGAGGAUGCCUCGGUGGACCUCCUGACUUCAUUUACGGCCGCGCACUGGUUUGAUAUCAAGAAGUUCAUGAGAGAAGCAAACCGGGUGGUUAAGCCGGGUGGUUGCGUGGUCAUCGCCACCUACACCGUGGACAUGAGUCUGCGCUAUGGAAACUGCUCUGAAAAGCUGACCGAAGUCUUCAGGGAGUGCUGGGACCUGCUUUUAAAAUACUCUCAUAGUAGAAUAAAACUCGUCUUGGAAGACUACAAAGAGAUCUUUGAGGCCUUGCCGUUUCCAGAUAAGAAGAGAAUCACUGAUAUCUUUGACAGAAUUCCCAUGACGGUUGCUGGUGUGGUUGGUUACUUGGAGUCUGCCUCUCCAUAUCAAGCCUUUAUGAAGAAAGACCCUGAAGCUGCAAAAUCCCUCCUCCAAGAGACUGAAAAGAGGAUGCUGGAGACGAUGGCAGUUUCUUCUCGUGAAACCCCAGUGGAGUUCUGGGUGAGGCACGUCUGUGUGCUGGGGUGCAAGGGACGGUGAGAUGAAACCCUUCUCCUGAUCUGGUGCUGGAAGGGAAGGAAAAAGUGGGUUGUCUCCUAAUACCCCACUUGUGACCACUCUUCUUCCUUGGGAAGAUCGAUGCUUAUUUUGGUGAUUAAAAUUUUGAUCUUCUGUGGAGAGCAGACAGGGGUUUAUGCCUGCUCUCGGGUUCCUGUCCACCUUGGUCCUCCAGUCUGCCCAGUGCUGCGCCCUCGGCACUGGAAGGGUCUGGUUUCAGACUGGUGGUGGUUGGAUUGCAUGUGGGGAUGAGAAUCAUGGUAACAGCUGAGAAACUUGCUGCAUUUCUUACAUAAUGAAUAAUAAUAAUAAAAAAAAGCUG